CCUUAAUGUCGCUCGGUUCCCAAUGCUGGUUGUUUGUGGAAUAUGGCCGCCCUCGUACUAGCGAUGUCUCGAACGGGAAACAACACAAGGAACCCUAUCGGGGUUUGAUAGCUGACUGGGAAUUAACGUAAAUGCCGGGGCAUUCCCUUUUCUAACCAGGUUUCUGAGCGGAUGGGCAUAGGUAGGGUUGUCAAGGGACACACGACACGAAAACGACAUCGGUUAGUUAGCUUGCGGGAGACAAGUAAGAGAUAGCCAAGUUAGCUGCUAGCUAGUUUUUUUCCCCAGUCUAUGUAGUCAACACAGCGGUCACUGCCGGUGAGGCAAGCCCGGACUCGGAGCGAACCUGACAAGUGUGGGUUUGAAGGGGGUGGGAACGCAGACUUUACUGUUGUGGACUGGAGCUUGUGACUCUUACCGCCAGAUGAUAACAUGAGUGGACCUGGCCAGGAUAGCGAGCCAGAGGCAAAAGUCCUUCUCAUCAAGCGGCUAUACAGGGCUGUGGUUGAGUCGGUUCACAAGCUGGAUGUCAUCAUUGGUAGCAAGUCGUCUUACAGGGAGGUCUUCAAGCCUGAAAAUAUCAGCCUUCGCAACAAGUUGAGGGAGCUGUGUGUGAAGCUGAUGUUUCUCCACCCUGUGGAUUACGGUCGCAAAGCUGAGGAGCUUCUGUGGAGGAAGGUCUACUAUGAGGUCAUCCAGGUCAUCAAGACCAACAAGAAGCACAUCCACAGUCGCAGUGCCCUGGAGUGUGCCUAUAGGACGCACCUGAUAGCAGGUGUGGGCUUCUACCAGCAUUUACUGCUCUACAUUCAGUCCCACUACCAACUGGAGAUGCAGGACUGCAUCGACUGGACCCAUGUCACUGAUCCCCUGAUCGGUCGGAAGAAGCCAGUCUCAGCUACCCCUAAGGAGAUGGAGUGGGCCCAAAUGGCUUGCCAUCGCUGCCUUGUGUACUUGGGAGAUCUAGCCCGCUACCAGAAUGAGUUGGCCGGGGUGGAGGCUGAGCAGUUGGCAGAGCGUUUCUACCAUCAGGCCCUGUCUGUCACACCACAUGUAGGAAUGCCUUUUAAUCAGUUGGGUACGUUAGCAGGAAGUAAAUUCUACAAUGUGGAGGCCACCUAUUACUACCUACGCUGCAUACAGUCGGAGACUCCAUUCGAGGGGGCCUAUGGAAACUUGAAGCGUCUGUUCGAUAAAGCUGCCAAGAUGUACCACCAGGUGAAGAAACAGGAGCUGAAGAAGCUCUCGCCCUCACGACAAAGAUCCAAAGACAUCAAGCGACUCCUGGUGAGCUUCAUGUACCUGCAGAGUCUUCUGCAGCCCAAGAACAGUCUGCUGGAGACGGAGCUGACUUCACUGUGCCAGUCUGUGCUGGAGGAUUUUAACCUGGUUCUGUUCUACCUUCCCUCGCCGCCCCACGGCCACGGAGCCUCUUCCCCCAGCGAGGAGGAGCAUGAGGAGCAUGACUCCGCCUGUGCCCUCCUCCCCGACGCACUGGUCUUUAAGAUGGUGGUCACCUGCCUCAUGGUGGUGCACAGCCUCAAGAGGGGAGGGUCCAAGCAGUACAGUGCAUCCAUAGCCUUCAUGCUGGCCCUGUUCUCCCACCUGGUGAACCACGUCAACAUCCGCUUGCAAGCUGAGCUGGAGGAGGGAGAGACCCAGGUGCCCCCGUUGCAGAUGGAUAACACAGACGACUCAGAGUCGAGAGACCUGUCUGGCUUAUUGACCUUGGAGGAGAGGCCCCUGCAAAACGGCUCCCUGGACCGGGUGGAUGAGAAGGAUGACGGGGGGCACCGUGGCCCUGGGGCCAAAAAAGCAGGCGUCGGCGAGCUGAAGGCGGAGGAGGAUAAACAGAAGCAGAAGAAGAAGUACGCCCGCCUGUCCAUGCUACGCCGCCGGCGCUGUGCCGCCCGCACUGAAGACGACAGCGACCUGAGCGAGGGCUUUGAGAGUGACGAAGAGGAGGAGGAGGACGACGAAGUGGUGCAGAGGGGUCGUGCCGACUCUGCAGGCGUGGCCUCUCGGACCCCGCUCCACCCCUCCGCACUAGUGAAGGAGACCAAGAGAGAGAGGGCACCCCCGACGGAGGAGGGGAUAUGGGGGAGCGGCUCAGAGGAAGACGAGGAGGGAGGCACGGCCUUCGAUGUGGAGACCGACUCGGACAUGAACAGCCAGGAGUCUCGCUCCGACCUGGAGGAUAUAGACGACUCUGAGAACACAGAAACACCUCCUCGAGGGGAGCAGCAGCUGGAGGAAUAUGACGAGGAACAGGCCAAUCCCAGGGAGGACAGGGACGGGGGCACCCCUCCGGCCACUAACGGUCCCCUCCAUCCCAACGACCCUAGUAUCAGCAGUAACCUCCAGGCCAUGUCGUCCCAGUUGUUCCAAGCCAAGCGCUGCUUCCGCCUGGCACCCACCUUCAGCAAUGUGCUGUUGCGCCCCCACAGCUCCUCUACUAUCCCCAUACCCACCGACCCAGAAGCCUCAUCAACCACCCACUCCGAGGAGACCCCUCCCCCCCCAGGAGAGAUGUCCUGUGACGCCAGGCCUAGCACUGCUAACGGAACCAAUGACAAUGAGGUGGAUUCCGAUUCAGAGAUCAGCGUGCACAGCAACCAAUCGGUACGAAGCGAGAAGACUCUUUCAGAGAGACUGGAGAUUCUCACCAAUCAGGGGCUCAUCCAGGUGGUAAAAGUGUUUGUGGACUGGCUUCGAACCAACACAGACAUUAUCGUCAUGUGUGCACAGAGUUCUCAGAGCCUGUGGAACCGCUUGUCUGUGCUACUCAACCUGCUACCUGAUGGGAGCAAGAUGCUGGAAGCAGAGCUGGGUCUUAAUGCGGAGGUGACUGAGAUGCUGAGUGGGUGUGAACAGCCCAGCCUGGUCCAGUCUCUGCUGCUCCCAGAGGACCUGGCCCUGCACCACCUACCGGCCCUGCACCUGGCCCACCGACGCCUCGACUACACCCGCCCCAGACCUGCCCUCAGCCCCAUACAGGAGUGUGUGGUGCGCGUCUGCUGCAUCCGCAGCUUUGGCCACUUCCUUACCAAGCUUCAAUGCAACGUGCUGCACUUUAACCCAGAGGCUGGUAUCUUCACCAGCAUCAGACAGUCAGAGGAGGACAACCUGGUGCAACAGGCCAAGGCCCAGUUCCGCAUGGCAGAGGAGGAAGCUCGGCGAAACCGCCUGAUGAGAGACAUGGCUCAGCUCCGUCUGCAGUUGGAGGUUUCUCAGCUAGAGGGCAGCCUUCAGCAGCAGCCCAAGGCCCAGUCAUCCAUGUCUCCAUACCUUGUCCCCGACUCUGCUGCCCUCUGCCAGCACCUGAACCUUCUCAGACAAUUGGCUAGCAGCGGCUGCUUCAUCAUCAUCAUCCCCCGCACAGUAAUUGAUGGCCUUGACCACCUGAAGAAGGAGAAUGCUGGAGCGAGAGAUGGCAUUCGCUUCCUGGAGUCUGAGUUUCGCAAAGGCAACCGGUACAUCCGUUGCCAGAAGGAGUCCGGGCGGAGUUUUGAAAGAGACAAACUGAAACGGCAGGACAUUGAAGCCUGGCAUCUGUAUAAGAUGGUGGACAGCUGUCGCCAGCUGACGGUCUCCCAGAGCAACGGAGAGGAAGACACGGCCGGCAUGGUCACUAUCCUCACCGGUCACUCAGUGGAGGAGUUGUGUUCCCGCUCCGCGCCCAUGAAGUCUGCUGUCCAGGCCGUGGCCACGGCGGGCAUGGAGCUGAAGAACAUGCUGGAGUUCUACCGUCAGUGGAAGGAGAUCGGCUGAGAGCAUUGAGGGGGCGACGGUCGGCAUGGCGGACAGCUGAUCACACACUCACUCCCUCUCUCCCACACUAUAUUGCUCUGUCUGUAUCUGCAUCUCCAAGGAAUAUCAACUCUAGGCAAGAAAGGAGGAAUGAGUGAAGGAAUGAGAUAAGGGUGGUGAAAGAAAGGCAGUUGGAGGGAAGAAAAUGGCGAGAAAACAUGGGCAAAUGGGGGGAGGAUAUAAACAGCAGAGCCCCCCAAACAUAAAGAAGUGAGCCCGGACGUUGGGGUGAGAGAAUUUACGUGGGGACGCUACACACUCAAAGUGCCCCUGGUUCACAUCCUAACCAGGCAUAUACUGUAAACGCGUACAUUACAUGUCGAGGGAGAACCACACACACAUUCUGAUAAAUCCAUUGGUAUAAAUAUAUAGAGCAGUGUUUGAAUUUUUUUGUGGGGGAGGGGGGGGGUCCAUUUCCUCCUCGUCUACCUCUGCUUGUGUUGAGGAGGAUGUACCCGGUCAGCUCUGUGGCUGGCUGGGUCUGGUUUGCUAUGGCAAGGGUGUGUGUGGGUAAACCCUGGAGAGAACACACCCCUGGUGAACAUCUGAAGCCCGCCUCGCCCUGAGCCUCUUGACACAGCAGAGUCCAGUAGCUCAUAGAGGUUACAAACUAGGGUUCAGGUUAACGGACAGACCCUUCUCCGGGAUUGUUUUCUUUCCUGUGUGGCUAAUCUUUAUUAUAAUUUUUUUAUUUUAUUUUUUUUGCGGUGUACUUUUAGUGUUUAAUUUGGAUUUUAUUUUUGUACCCAAAUGUACUUUAGAGUUUUUGUAAGAUGUGCUGAAUACACACAGGAAUAAAAUACAGGGGGGAGGGAUCGGGUUAUUGUUGUCUCUGUAAAACCAGUCUGAGAAUUCACCGUUCCAUGACUUUGUGUUGUGGAACAGGUUUUGGAGGUUGUAGACUGGGGUGGCUCAGCUUUGCUGUUGCUAGUUGUUGAAGAGUGAAGGGCCAGCAACUGCCCCAACACUGUGGUGUAGAGUGAAUGGGCAAGGUUUUUGUGUUUUGACCUUUGUGAACUCCCGAUAUAUCCCAUCUACCAUCAUCACUACUUCCAUAGUAACUGUCCCAUCGCGCACAGUGCAAAAGAACUCAGUAUAUGUGUGUGGCCACGCAUUGAACAAUAAAUUUAACUCCUUUAAGAUU